AUGGCCAUGAACAGGAUGAGGAGUGCGUUUGCGCCUCCGAGAAAGGGCGAAACGUUCGAACUGCGGGCCGGGCUUGUAUCUCAGUAUGCCUACGAGCGGAAGGAAGCCAUUCAGAAAACGAUCAUGGCGAUGACGUUGGGGAAAGAUGUCUCUGCGUUGUUCCCGGACGUGCUCAAGAAUAUCGCGACGGCAGAUCUUGAUCAGAAGAAGUUGGUGUAUCUAUACCUGAUGAACUAUGCAAAGUCGCACCCCGACCUCUGCAUCCUUGCCGUCAAUACCUUUGUCCAGGACGCUGAAGACCCGAACCCCUUAAUCAGAGCACUGGCGAUCCGAACAAUGGGGUGUAUAAGAGUUGACAAGAUGAUCGACUACAUGGAGGAACCACUGCGAAAGACGCUACGGGACGAAUCGCCCUACGUUCGGAAGACUGCCGCAAUCUGCGUCGCGAAACUCUUCGACCUCAAUCCGGCCUUGUGUCUCGAGAACGGCUUUCUGGAGACACUGCAAGAGAUGAUUGGUGAUCCCAACCCCAUGGUGGUGGCCAACUCAGUCCAGGCCUUGGCCGAGAUCAAAGAAUCCGCCCCUGAGACCAACGCUUUGCAGAUCAAUCCAAACACUUUGAAGAAGCUGCUCAUGGCGCUCAAUGAGUGCACGGAAUGGGGCCGUGUAACCAUUCUCAGCACUCUUGCCGAGUACAAGGCACAAGAUGUCAAAGAAGCCGAACACGUCUGUGAAAGAGUCGCCCCUCAAUUUCAACAUGUCAACUCGAGCGUCGUGAUCGCUGCGGUCAAGGCUGUUUUCCUGCACAUGAGAUAUCUCCCUCUGGAGACCCAACAGUCAUAUUUGAAGAAAAUGGCACCUCCUCUGGUCACUCUCGUUUCCUCGGCACCUGAAGUGCAGUACGUGGCUCUGCGAAAUAUCGACCUCCUCUUACAAAAACAACCCGACAUCCUGAGCAAAGAAAUCCGAGUCUUCUUCUGCAAGUACAACGACCCUCCAUAUGUUAAAUUCCAAAAGCUUGAAAUCAUGGUCCGAAUUGCCAACGACACCAAUCUCGAUCAACUCCUUGCCGAACUCAAGGAAUACGCCCUGGAAGUGGACAUGGACUUUGUUCGACGCGCGGUCAAAGCGAUCGGGCAAGUCGCCGUCAAGCUCGAGAGUGCUAGUGAAAGAUGUGUCAAUGCGCUUUUAGACCUCAUCAACACGAAAGUGAACUAUGUUGUACAGGAAGUCAUUGUGGUGAUCAAAGAUAUCUUCCGCAAAUACCCUGGCUAUGAAGGUAUCAUUCCCACACUGUGCAAAUGCAUAGAUGAGCUGGAUGAGCCCAAUGCGAGAGGAUCGCUUAUCUGGAUUGUGGGCGAGUACGCUGAAAAAAUCAGCAACGCCGGCGACAUUCUUGGUGGGUUUGUCGAUGGCUUUGCCGAAGAAUUUACACAGACCCAACUUCAGAUCCUCACAGCGGUGGUCAAACUAUUCUUGAAGCGGCCACAGGCCGCUCAAGGGCUUGUUCAGAAGGUUCUCAACGCCGCCACCGCUGAAUCCGACAACCCAGACAUUCGUGAUCGAGCCUACAUCUACUGGCGACUUCUCUCCAACACAAGCGACGCCAACGCCCCUAAAAAUAUUGUCCUCUCCGAGAAGCCGCCAAUCACAACCACAAUCCAAUCUUUGCCGCCUGCACUACUGGACCGAUUACUUGGGGAGCUCUCAACACUGGCAUCAGUAUACCACAAACCUCCGGAGCAGUUUGUUGGCCAAGGUCGCUUUGGUGCCGACGCCGUCCAGCGGGCAGCGAUUGAGGAGCAAAUGCAACAUGCGAAGGAGAAUCCCCUCGCAGCAGCAGCCGCGGCUGCUGCUGUGCAGGGCAAAGCGCCGGAAGGGCAGAGCAACAUGGAAAACUUGCUGGAUAUCGAUUUUGACGGGGCUGCCCCAGCCUCGGCAUCAGAGAAACCUUCAAAUGGGCUCUCGGGCCUGGAGGGACUUGCUGGGACGCCUCAAAGGGUAGAAUCUCCUUCGGUUGGCCAGCCUACUGCUGCGAAUAACAUGGAUGAUCUGCUUGGUGUCUUCGGUAAUGGGAGUUCGUCCACAACAGCUCCUGGAGCUCCAGGAUUCGGAGGUAUGUCGGACAGCGAUAUCAUGAAUGGCUUUGCGUCGAUGGAUCUGUCCUCGUCUCAGCCGCCCCCACCACAACAGCAAUUGGACAAUGCCAGCGGCAAGAAGACAAACGAGGAUCUACUGUCUCUGUUCUAG